GUAGCGAUGGAGUACCUGGACGUGCUUCGGCUGCCUACUUUGGCCGACAUGACGACCCGAAAUAUGUCUUGCGCCGUGGCCUAGCUAAUCUUGCCCUGGCGCCCGAUGUUCUCCCUCGUCUCAGAUAAAACUGCGUCGCAGAGUAUUGAACAUGUGUUGGGUUCCACCUGGCCUAGUGAGGCCUGAUUCUCAACACGACAUACACCCGAAGACCCAUUGACGGGUUGACGCAGCCAGCCAUCUUCUGGUCGCCAAAGUCGGGCAUGACAUCGGGGGUCCAAGAAAGGAGACAUGCCCAAUGUCACCUGGAAGAGACCAAAUCCCUGCCGACAACAUGCCAGGACUCAGUUCAGUCAAGGGCCCAGGGUCAACUCAAGCCCAACAGCCUCAUCAGCAAUACUCGUCUACAUUACUCUCAACUGUUUUGUCCCCCCACAAUCUUCACACUUCAUCGACACCUUUCGCAGCCGGAAAUUCUGCCAGUUUUCGUCUUCGCCUUUGCCUUUACCUUAGCCAACUGGCCACUUACGGCCCUCACAAUUUUCGUGUUUACAAACCUCUACCCAUCUGCUUCUUCACCAUCUAGAGCCCCAAGGCUCGCUGGCAUUACAAUCUUCACACUUCAUCAGCAUCACUCACAGCAGGACCUUCUACCAAUCUUCACUACCCCGGGAAUAAUCCAGUUACGAAACAUCUUCCAAACAUGGUCGCAGACCUUCGACGUUAAGAUUAUCAAACCACCGAGGCAGGGCAAAAACUGGCCGAGUAUACUGUAGCAUGGGAUGGGUCGUUACGGGGAUGUUGACGGGGGGAAGCUCACACGCUAGUUCUAGGGAGGAACCAGCUUUGUGUUUAUGGUGUUCUUCUGUUGAACUUAAAGCCGGAGUAUCGUGCUGAUAUGGAGGUGAAGAAGAGGAAUGGCUGAAGCCUAGCGCAGUAGCCGCUUUCUUUUAUGCCCGCGCUGGCUGUAUUAAGGCUUUCGUCGAAGACCUUGAGAGAAGCCGUGUCUCCGGUAUAUUAGUCAACAUUGUGAGUCACUAACCACCUUGGUGGUAGGUUUAAUAGAGGCCCGUGGAAGGCACUCGCCGAUGUGUCUUCCUGUUUGCCCGCGUCGUGGCUGAAAAAAUGGUCUACUAGGAUACCUUACUUGUUUAUAUUCUCUUCCUGAACCGUGCAUUUUGUCUACUGUACGUUGGACGUUCAGGUCGACAUUGGUUUAUAUUAUACCUUUCGAAUACUGGGUUGUCGAGUAUGAGGCUAAGUAAACAAAAUUGAA